GUGUAAGACGCGCGGCGCGUGAGAGGAGGGUCUGUUUGCGCGCUCCCGUGCGUUCCCACCUCCCGUCUGCUAUCCGAUCCUUCCUCCGUCUCUUCGCUGACUCAGUGCCUUAAGCAGCAUCACCGCUCACCAGAACAGAUCUACAGCAUCCUCUGCGGAGAAAUACAUCAGCCAUGGCUAAAACAGCAACCGCAUACAAAGAGAAGAUGAAGGAGCUGUCUGUCCUCUCCCUCAUCUGCUCCUGCUUCUACCCAGAGCCACGCAACAAGCUUGUGUGUGACUUUGAAGACAUGGAGGUGAAACCUAUAAACAAGCGGGCCUCGGGUCAGGCUUUUGAGGUGAUUCUCAAGCCUCAGUCUCCAGUGUCAGAUGUAGCCCACAACCUUCCCUCACCCCCAAAGAGGGACAUCUCCUUGGAUGACAUUGAGAAGAAACUCGAGGCAGCUGAAGAACGGAGGAAGUACCAAGAGGCCCAGGUGCUGAGGGCUUUGGCAGAAAAGCGAGAACAUGAGAGGGACGUGUUGCUAAAGGCCAUGGAAGAGAACAGUAAUUUCAGCAAGAUGGCUGAGGAGAAGCUCCAGAUGAAGAUGGAGCAGAUCAAGGAGAACCGUGAAGCCUACCUGGCAGCCAUGAUGGAGCGCCUACAAGAGAAGGAGAGACACGCGGCUGUGGUGCGCAGAAACAAAGAGCUGAGGGAAGAGCUGACAGCAUGAGCCUCACACGAGUCCAGACUUCCUCGAUCCAUCCACCCAAUCCUGUCCCCUUCCUCGGUAGAGCCUUCACCCUCUUCGUAACAGACACUCAACCCUGGAGGCUGAGAGGUUCAAGGACCUCACCACUAUAUCACAACCCACCAUGCCACCAGUACUCACUAUUAUCAGUAUUAUCAAUGGAUACAAACAUGAAUAACACUCAUCUUGAGAAUUGAAUGGUUUUGUUGAUUUAACAGAAAUUGAAAGAAUAUGGGUUUUAUUGGCUUUAAUUUUGUCAGUACUUUUAUCUAUCUAUCUAUCUAUCUAUCUAUCUAUCUAUCUAUCUAUCUAUCUAUCUAUCUAUCUAUCUAUCUAAUAUUUUCUUUGUCUUUGAUUAAUGUUCAGUUCUUGAAGUUUGACUCUGCGACCGUUUUCUUGUGGAAGCUCUCAGUGGUGUGAGUUGGCUGUAAACAGGCAUUUGCAUUGAUUCCCGAUGAUGUCCUGAUAAUGAUGUUUUUUGCUGUGUCUUUUGUGAAGAAUGACGGUUGGUGUUUCCAGACUACAGACUCCUCAAGAUAUCAACGUAUCUCAUCUGUAUCUCCCUCACGCGCACCUACUCAUUCUCAACACGCACACUUGGAACUUAACAAUAAUCGAAACCCCACAGAUACAUAGAAGUCCACUUCCUCUGAAAUGAGCUCGAUAGGUGCUUUAUUGUUAUUAAGAAUGUCUAUGCCCAAUGGGAGCAACUGUUUAUACACUUGCAGAUUACCACUUUACCCCGACGGCGCCAUUUUUCGAUGAAUCCAUCGUUACCCAAAUGAAUAGCUCUGUUAAGAACACGGUAUUGGGAAUGAACCUUAUAAAGUUGUGAAUGUUAUGACACCAUACUGGUAUCAUGCAUAGUGUCUUGGACAGUAGAAUGUGCUGUUGCUCCCAUCUUGAUAUUGAUAGUGUGAACAUUACGUAUGUCUGUGUGGGUGUGUGUGAAUGAAGAAUGACCUUGAGGCAUCAUCAGCACCUUCUCUCAUUUAGGGGGUUAGAUAGAGAAUGGAUGCAGGAUGCUUUACAUUCAGCACACUAAACUAGUCUCUUUUUAAUAUACAGUACCACUGAUAUCUGCCUGCAUCUUCUGCUGCUUGUUUUUCUCCCUCCAUAUAUUUCUCUGUGAAAGCUUUGCUGAAUAAAAGUUUGGGGUUCUGUGAACAUGGCAUGCACCAUCUGAAACUUUUCUGUAAACUGCCAAAUAAAAGAACCAGUUAUCUACACAUCCUGA